GUUCGUAGUCGUAGCUUUCGUAGUCGAUUCAACAAUAUAUACAUGUAUACAAUUGAGAGCCGGCCCGCAAACCAGCGGGAAAUAUGACAACCAACAUGUACGCGAUACCUCAGUACGAAUCUCAAACAAGUACGCAGCCUUUGAGCCCAACUCAAGUCUCCACGGCUGAAGAGGCCUCGUUUCCAAAUGCUUGGGGGAACGUCGCCUCUCAGAGCACUACGAGCGAUGUAGGAGAUCUAAGGGUGACCACCUUUGACGAUCAAUACGAAGACGGGAAGACCGAUGACGAGGAGAUGGAUGACGGAGAGACAGAUGACGAGGAGAUGGACGACGAGGACUUACGUCAAGAACAGGAUCACGCCAAUGACCGCAAAGACCGUAUAAAUAAGCUGAAGAGAUGGUGGCGAGAGUUCCAGCCUCCAAGUUCGGAUCCACAAGAUCCUCGGCUGUCUCAGACUCAGGAGAGUCUGUGCGAGAUCAUGAAGCUUUACGUUGUCGGCUCGAGCGGGACGACACUACUUUGGGAUAACGAGAGCAUGGCGAGGGAAAUCGGUGUCUCAUGGGACGUUAUUUGCGGCUCCGUGAGGGCUGAUCACCGGCUCUAUUUCACGAAAGACGCAAUUCGCGACGAAUUAGAACUGCGCGGUUGGCUGCCUCCCACCUGGGCUUCCACCCUUUCUGAGCCGGAUGAGGACGAAGUUCUUACACACCCGUUGGAUCGUUUCAAAGCAUCUCAUCCUCAGUCAGAGACUCACUACGAAGAAUGUAUACGCUACGCAGGUAUGCAUCAUCUCGAUCUGCAGGUAGAUUGUGAGCCUAAAGGCAGGAAGUACAUGAGGAAACCUAACAGCAACAGCGCCUCCGACCCCGACAUGAUUGAAAACAAGAAAAAGCUGAAACACUACGAGGAUCGUAUGGUGAAGGGUGUGUGGACGGCGCUUGAGGAGGUGUAUACGGUUUCUGAUCAAGCGGCCGACGGCAUCCUGGAAUCUGUCUACCGACAAUGGGUCGGGCAAGGCGAUGCUGGAACAUCUGCAUCGCCUCACCCAAGACCUAGCAACAAGAGGUUCGCGAUCUCCUCCUCAGCCCGCAAAACCCGAGCCCGCCGGGCACUCCGCGCCGUAGCGGAGAUCAGACAGUCGCCUAUUGUACCCCCGGGACAGUCCAGGGUUUGGGAGGGCCAACCGUUACCAGAAGUAGACACCGAUCCAGAUGCGCACGCAGACGCGGUCCGCAAUUUGAUGGUGCAGGCGGCGCGGGAUGCGACCGAAAUUCAGUUCCGACAUGUUGUUGCAACACUUCAGCAAGCCGCAUCCAAUUCGAAGCAAUCGCGGUAUCCAGAAAUACGCACGGUCGACCGGAAUCUUCACCGCAUAUUGUGGCGGAUAGUAUCGAGCAGUAGCCUUACUCACGGGGAUAAGCGGCUUGCGAUAGACGUUAUCGUGAAUGUGAUGGUCUUAGCCUUGGGUCCAACCCCUGGACUAUCACACUUUUUCCUUAUGGCAAAGUGGCGACACUUCACCGAAGCAAUGCAGCAGAGGGAAAAUGCUCACGAUGCCCCCCUCGACACGCCAAGCCUCGAGUGGUCCCUCCAAUUCCUCAGAGACUUGAAAGGCAUCGAGCUGUCCUGCACUCUACAUGCGUGUCGCACUCGGCCUAGUGCUUUCAGCGGCAACAAGCCGGACCCGCGAUUCUACUCGUGGCUGGCCCGACUUCAGGCUUUUCAAUGUUUUGUUCGCCAUUGCGACCGUCGAUUGAUCUACAAUCCAGAUCAGUCUAAGGAGGCCGACUCCUAUCGAUACCUGUCGGUCCAGAUCAAAAUGGCCCGAGGGGCCGCGGACUUGGGAGACAAUUUUCCCAAUUUUACGUCUUUCGAGUGUUUAUACCACGCAUUCAAAGGUGAAUAUACCCCUUCACUGGCGACGUAUCUGUUUUUGGCCUGCCAUUUGAUUCACGCCAACUGCCGAAGGAUGGCGGACAAACAGCGAACUGUUUAGGAACGGAGGACUAGUAUGUCGGUGACCCGGCAGCCGAGGACAGAUUGUCAUACGUACCCGCAUUCAUGCCAUAUCCAUCAUGACCCUAUCACGA